GGAUCCAUGAAGACCUUGCUACAAUGAGAAUGUCAACAUGGGAAAUGAUAUCAGACACGGAGUCGGAAUCUCCGCCCAUCCCGGUUCCGCCGCAAGGCUGGAAACGGACCUUCAAAACUGCCCCAAUCCCGGUCCGAUUCGAUCGUUCAUUGGUCAGAUUCUCGGGUUGUCCUCGGCCGAGCAUCUAGCCAAUCAGGAAACCCCGCCAUCAGCGGCCAUAGUACCUAGUAGGUACCACCUUAGUAUAAAAAGCCCCUUCAUGGCCAUCACUGUUCAAUCACAGCAAACAACAUCGACAUUCAAUCGAAUCCAAGAAUCAUGCCCCAGCUCAGAGUCCUCAUUGUUGGUGCAUCGAUCGCCGGCCCAACCGCCGCGUACUGGUUCGCCCGAGCCGGAGCCAAGGUCACCGUUAUCGAGCGCUUCCCCCAUCUCCGCACCAACGGCCAGAACAUCGACAUCCGGACCGUUGGCGUGACGGUAAUGCGACGCAUUCCCGGGAUGGAGGAGGCAGUACGGGCCAAGACCAUCCCUCUGGAGGGAAUUGGUUUCGUCCGCUCGGACGGCCGCCCGUACGGAAUUAUCUCCACGACCGGAGAUCCCGAUCAGCAGUCUCUCGUCUCGGAGUACGAGAUCUACCGUGGGGAUCUCUCCCGGAUCCUGUACGACCGGACCGUAACGAAUCCAAACAUCACUUAUAUCUUCGGCGAGCAGGUCGCCUCGAUUCAGCAACACAACGAGAAGGAUGGCGAGGACAGCCCCGUGACGGUCGAGUUCGCCAACGGCACCCCUGCCGCGGAGUUUGAUCUCGUUGUGGCCUGCGACGGGGCGACGUCGCGGACCCGCGCGAUAGGGCUCGGGGUCGGCGUGCGCGAUCACCUCGUCCCGACCGGCAGCUGGGCGGCUUACUUCUCCAUCAAGCACGAUCUCCUGGAAGGGGGAGAUAAUAUCGGGAAGGCGUACAAUGCCGUCGGCGGCCGCUUCAUUGCCGCUGCACCGGACCCCUGGGGCGUGAAUCGAGUGGUCAUGAUCAAGCACCAGCCGCCAACUCACGGCAGCGAUGCUACACGACCGUUCCGGGAGGCGAUGCAACAGGGCGAGAAGACACUCAAGCAAUUCGUGGCGCAGACUUACCGUGGCGCUGGCUGGAAGUGCGACGAGGUGAUCCAGGAUAUGAUGGAGGCGGAGGACUUCUACGCCAGCGAGAUCGUGCAUGUCAGGCUGCCCCACCUGUCGAGGGGCCGGUUUGUGCUGGUCGGGGAUGCCGGGUACGCCGCUUCGACGGGCACCGGGACAAGCCUUGCCAUGGCGGGGGCGUAUGUGCUGGCCGGGGAGGUUUGCAAGCACAGGGGCGAUCUCGCGGGUGCCCUCCGCGGGUACGAGGAUGUCAUGCGGCCUCUGAUCGAUGACAUGCAGAAGGUCCCCCGAUUUCUUCCCAGCAUCUUCACACCGCAGACGGCCGGGGGCCUGUGGUUGAGGAAUACGCUGUUUGCUUUCCUGUGUUGGACCGGGAUUCUGGAGCUCACGCAGAAGUUCUUUGCUGGGUCAUUUGCCAAUACGGACAAAUAUCGGUUGCCAGAGUAUCAAUGGGAGGAGUAGGCGCAGGCGCAGUUGCGGGGUCUGGCUUGUGUUCUGGCUGUGUGUCAUCUAUAGACGACAAUUCUCAACUCCUUUAAGGAUUUCUCACUGAUUGCAGCCCGCAAUGUGGACAAAGGGUAGUCGACGGGUUUCUUAUAAAGCUCAUCGUGACGAACAGCUAAGCUCACAUGAUGUAAAUCAAACAUUAAAGACAUGGCGGCGGGGGAUGAGUGCCGUA